AUGGAAGUGCUCUCAGGGAUCAUUCUUAAGCACUCCUCGAGGCCUGAUUUCAAGUUCUUCUGGAGGUGCAAGGCAGUGGGUCUUUCACAUCUCUUUUUUGCAGAUGAUGUCUUCCUUUUUUGUGAGGCGCACCUUCCUUCGGCGACUCUCCUUAAGGAAGCUCUAAAUAUAUUUUCCUCUUGGAGUGGCCUUUGUCCCAACUCGUGCAAGAGUGAAAUUUUCUUGGCGGGUGGCAAUCCCUCCCUAAGGAAUAAUAUUCUUUUGGAGUUGGGCUUUCGAGAAGGAAGCCUGCCAGUUCGGUACUUGGGGGUUCCCAUUAUUACUUCAAGGAUCAAUAAAGCAGACUGUUGCACCCUGGUCAAUCGCAUCACUGCAAGGGUUCAGUCUUGGACCCACCGAUUUCUCUCUAUUGCUGGUCGGCUUCAGCUUAUCAGGUCAGUUCUUCAUGCUAUACAAGCCUACUGGGCUAGUGUCUUUGUUUUACCUACAGCUGUGAUGGAACAGAUAGAGAAAAUAUUUAGACAAUUCCUAUGGAAAGGUCCGAACCUAGGCAGGGGUGGUACUAAGGUAGCCUGGGAUGAAGUUUGCCUUCCAAAUGAUGAAGGAGGGCUAGGUGUUAGGAGGCUCCAAGAUUGCAAUAAAGCUUCCAUGCUAAAGCAUAUUUGGAUCUUGUUUUCCGACAAGGAAGCGCUAUGGUGUAGAUGGGUCCACUCCACGUUCUUAAAAAACAAGAAUUUUUGGGUUGCUAGGAAGCCAACAUCUCGGAUCCCGGGCCCGGAAGAGCUUGUUGACCCUAAGAAGGAAUUUCAGGAUGGCCUUCUCUUUGGAAAAUUGGCGAUGGCCAAACAACCUCUCCGUGGUUUGACAACCGGCACCCUAGAGGGCCCUUGA